CACGAAAAUUGUUUAUAUAUGGCGUCGAAAAUACUUGAAGAUGUCACUCAUAAGCAUUUCAAUAGAUGUCAACAAAAAUUGGAUAAAUAGAUGGAUUCAAAAGUGUUAAAAUGAUUGAGUUUAAAGGAAAGUUCGUCAGUUUACAAUAAUAAAAAGUCAUCAUGGUAGACAGAUAUGGCAGAUCUCCUGAUAUCUACCUGCCAUUCCCCAUAGACCAUGAGAGAAUUGGGACUCAGAGGAGGGAGAAAUUACAGCGGGAGAUAGAGAAAAUGGAACAAGAUCAGAGACAAAGACAACAUCUUAUAGAAGAACUUUCAAAAAUGGCAGAAGUCAAGAAACAAAAGGAGCAAGAUAGACUUUUAGUGAAGUAUAACAAGAAGAAUUUAUUGUCAGAUGAAAUGAGGAGAGUUUAUGGCAAAGAAACUGCUUCAAAAAUAGGGAGAAUGUCAGUUGAACCAAAACUAGUGAAUAAUGUUGUGUCACAGAGGACUAAAGAAUAUGCAGUACGUCAACAGGAAAUGGAAAUGGAAGCUAAAUACCUAGUCAAGGAAAGGCAACGUUUACAAGAGGCAAGAGAGAGAGUUAUGGAACAGAGAAGGUUUCUUGCUAAGUCAAGUUCUCCAUCUGGUAGUGUUAUGAGUGAGCCUGACAAUAUCCACAGAACAGAACCAGAGGUCAAAGAUACAUCUAGACUGAGUCUACAUACACCUACUUUUAACAUUGAUACAUAUAUUAAAAAUACCGUAAAUACUCUACCUCAGACAAUGGACAGGAUAACUAGGUUAAGAGAGGAUGUACAGAAGCAUUACAACAAGUAUAAAAAGCCCUACAAAGGAGAAAUGGGAAUACAUACUUACCAACCUUUUCAGAUGCAAGGAUAUUUUGCUGUGAGAAGUAUUGUAGAUGAUGUUGUGAAUGAUUUCCUAGAUAAAUAUGUUGCACCAUCACAACCAAUGGUAGAACAGGAAACAUACUAUGCCUCUAGAAGACAGAAGAUACAUGAUACUGAGAUUAUGGCUGAAAGUUUAUCUGAGAAGAAAGCUAUUCAGCUGAUCAUGGAAGAAAUUAUUCUUGAUGAGACAGGUGACGUGCUUGAGGAAAUUGCACAGGAACAUAUCCAUACCAAAGGAACUGUUAGAAACUGGGCAGAUGAAAUGACUAUGAACAGAGCUGAGCUAGACAACGAAGAAGGUAGAACAGAAUCAGACCCAGCUUAUAAUUCUGUCACUAAAUUGUUCUUCAGUGUCAAACACAGAAGGGAUGAAACUAGACCAGAUAUUUGGGGUCACACUCAGAUGUUAGGUUUAGCUGAAAAGCCUUCUACACCAAGGAAGGUGAAACCCCCUCCUCCUAAAGGAAAAACUAAAAAAUCAAAACAGAAGACUCCAUCACUUCCUCCGAAAAGUCGUGAAAGAAGUAAACCUCCCACACGCCAAACUGUUCCAGGGACUGCAGUCAGUUCACUGCCUGCAGACCCUACUACACCAAUUUUACAUUAUCAUCACAUCACCCCUGUAGAUAUUAGAAGUUAUCAUGUCCUUAGAACUGAUGUUCCUGAAGUCAAAUAUGAAAAAAUUAGAUAUAUGAAAUAUAUGAAGAGAGAGAUGAUAUACUGGCAGAAAAUGAUUCCAGUAAUUUCAGAAAAAAGUUUAGCAAAUCGAUGUAAAGGUAUCUCUUGUGCUUCAGCCUCACCAAAUGGAAAGUUCAUUGUUUUUGGUACAGUCCAUGGUGAUUGUAUAAUAUUUUUUACUCAGUCUAAUCCAUGGCGACCAGUACGUGUUAUUGUCAAUGAUUCAUCAAAAGAUGACCCAAUAGUCAAUAUAUCAUGGUCAUUAGAUAGUUCUCGUCUCAUCACAAUCAAUAGAUCUGGUUCACUUCAAGUUUGGGCAUACUCUGGUGCUGAAUCUGUGCAAUCUGAUGCUAAAAGGAUAGGGAUAUCAUCAGAUGAACAUAAUGUAGCUCCUCCACAUUUAGAUAUUCUCAUAGGAAUGGAUAUGGGCCAUGGUGACUUUGUUUUUCAGCAAGGUCCUCAUGCUAAACAACAGACAAUAGAUGGUAACUAUGGUCCUGCCAUGGCAACCUUUUUUCCUACAUUUACAUUUUUUGGAGAUCAAAGUCAGACUUGUAUUGCAAUAGGUAAUGGAGAUAUAUUAAAGAGUGAUUUUGAUGUUCCUCUGAAUGCUCCACCUGAUAAAGCCGACUAUGAAUAUGAAGCAGCACCUGUCAUACUUAAUCCUAUAAUUAAGGAUAGCAAUACAAAAGGGAAUAGGAUAGGAAAUGGACUUGAUGCUGAAUUGUUACGGUACCAUCAAACCAAAGUUAUUUUUCUUGGGUUUUCUAACAACAUUAAUGAUCUAAUUACAAUGGAUGACAAAGGUUAUAUUGCUAUAUGGAAAUAUGAUGUGAAACAGAUAGAAGGAGUAGGUUGGAUAGUACCCUAUAAAAAGUUUCAGUUAUCACCAUAUAAACUGCUGUAUGAUCCUGCAGAGGAUAAACAGCCCAAGCUGGUAUUUUCUGAUAAAACAGUACCUGGACAAAGACCUAGAACCAGACAAGAGAUUGCACAACAAAGAGAAAUGAUGACAAACACGAUAGACAAUAUGAUGUUAGGUGACCCUUGGGAUGUAGAAUUACUGGAAAACAGAACUAUAAGGUCCAGUACUUAUGUACCAUCUGGUAAGAUAAAAGAAUCUGGUGCUAUAUUUCACAUUAUAUUGAGACAUGUGGAGGAUAACUCACUCUCUUCUUAUGUAACAAGAGCAUAUAAACCUCUUGAGGUUCAAUAUACUAAAUUAAUUGGUGCUAAACAAACUGUCAAAGGUGAUGCUAUGGUUAUAGGAAUGCUGUUCAAAUCUUAUCCUCCUAAAGAGCCACAUUUAACCAUUGUUAUAUUUGAUUAUAACACCAUGGAACUAAGGGAUUUUAGAAGAGAUGUAUAUUUGUCAGAAGGAGAAUAUUCAGAACUGUUAAAAGAUGAGAACAAAGUGUCCUUUGAUGUUUCAAGAGUAUUUGGUCCAACAGGUUCAGAGCAUCUAUUCCUUCUAGUAAGGGGUGUACUGAGAGUUAUCUCCCUUACCACUGGAAGACAAAUGGUAAAACAGGAAGAAAUCACAGGAAGAUUUACAAAUUUUCAAGGUUGCGUAAUAGACUUUGAGCACUUAGAUUUACCUACUAAUGCAGAAGUUACUGCUGUCAGCACAGCUAAUCAUUUGUUUGCAGUUUUUUAUGACAAUAAAUCUACAACUUAUCACAUUUUGAAGUUUGAAGAUGAGAAUACAGAUGACGAUAGGAGAGACAUGUGGGAAACUUACACUAAUACAGUAAGACACAGAACAGUACCAGUAGAACUACGUGUUGACACAUAUACCCACAAAGGCUUACAUCAUGGAGAAGAUGAUAGUGAUGAUAUACAGCACCCAGCAGUCAUGUCGAGGUCAAUCAUACUUGAAACUAUGGAUAAUGCUUUACAGGCUUCUGUUAAGAAAAAGUAUAGCCCAAAGAUGAAGGAAGGACUACAAAUCUAUGACAAGAUUAAAAAUUACGAACUGCUAGAGACUCUGGUUGAAGAAGAGAAGCUUCUGUAAAGAUCCACAUGGUUACUUUCAUGCAGUGAUAACUAUCAGUAUGAUAAUGACAGAUAUUACAAGAACCAGGAUGUUAUAGUCAUAAGUAAAUCUUAUCUGAAGACUAGAAAUGGCCAAUGGAGUUGUUGUAAACGAGAUGCCGCUAUAACCAUGAUGACUGAGCCCAUCUCUAGCUCACCAGGCCCAAACUACUAUCAGUUGUCUGUCAUCCAUUGUCACACUCUUUUGCUCAUAUAUUUUUGAAAUCUGUAGGUGAUUCUGUAGGUCAUCUGGACAGUGGUCACUACUUAGUGAAAGAUUUGUUGGAUAUGACAUCCUGUUGAAGAUCAGAUAAUGGACACAUUCAAAUAUAGUAGAAUAUACAAAAGUAAAUUUUACAAAAUGAAAAUGAACAACUCUCAGGAUUAAUCUUGUAAUUUAACUUGGAAGAACUCUUGAUCAACACAUAAAGUG